GGUGGAAUUUCCCCCUUUGCUCUGGAACAAAGAAAAAGGCCGGCGGGCAAGUAGCUCCAAGCUCUCUUGGCUUGAGCUCUUCCUCUCUCCCCCUUCCUCACUCACACUCCGUCCGUACGUCUGGACAGUGCCCUUCUUGGUAGAAGAGUGUCGUCUUUCGCCCCACUUUAUCUCGGGAUCGGACCGUGCAACGCUCGCUGACACAUUUACCGGUAAUACCCGUCGGAACAGCAUGGAGCAGCAGGACGCGCUGGUGGACGUGAUUCGCGCUAUCAUCGGUCCACGCGACGUCUCGCGAGAGCGCAUUCUGGAGCUGCUAGCACAAGCGGGUAAUCACCCGAACAAGGCUGUGGAUCUGUUCUUCCAGUUAGAGGCGGCUAAUGGCGCGGAAUUUAAAGUUAACGACGUGGAAGGCUCUGACGAGGAGGACAAUGAAGACAUGCCCUGGGCGGAGACGCCUGCGCUGCCUCGCAAGGCGCUGUCCAUUGACGACGACGCUACUGCUGAGUGGACGCCUCAGGCUGAGGAACUUAGCGGACUCUUGGGCGGAGAAGUCAAGCGCGACGUCAUUUUGAGUCUGCUUAACCGUACUAACAACGACCUGAAUAAAGCUGUGGAGAUCUACUUCUCGGAGAAUGGAGCAGACGCUGAUUUUGACGAAGGGAGUGACGAGGAGGACGAUGCUGCUGAAAAGAAGACUAUGCCGACGUCUGUGAGUAGCGAAAACGGGACGGCGCCCCCGUCAUCUCCUUCUGGUUCUGCCAGGACAGUUACACCGCCGUCGGGAGCUGUGAAAACUCCACAGACGCCGUCUCAGUCUUCGGCUGCGUUGCCCCAGACUCCGUCAGCUUUGACGUCAAUUGAGUCGCAUCAGUUGACCCCGCUGUCGUCACCUGUUGCUAAAGAUGCGUUGAAUACUGAAGAAACAAAGGCAGCUGCGCCGAUGGACAAGACGCAGACGGAAGAGGAGCUGUUAAAUGGACCUGGGACGUAUGAAGUGAUCAUGUCCAGCAGUAAUUUCCGCUGGCAGAUUGGCAACGUGUUUGGACGAGCAGUGGUGCAGCAAGUGCAACCUGGUGGACCUGCGGCACUAGCUGGUAUCCAGAAGUCGGAUGUCUUGCUUUCAUUCCGCGAAACAGUGUUGAACGAGGAGAACUGUGCUGCUGUGGUGCAGCAGUUGUCCAAAGAGCGUGUUCUCGUUCCUUCUGCGCUUCGUUUCCGUCGUGCGUCGGACUCACACAGUCCUCGGCAUACUACACCAGCAUCCAAUGGAGUGACCCCAGCUGUGGCCACUGUGACAAAAUCACCCCCACGGGACAGCGAUGGCGAUGUAGUGAUGACACCGGUGGAUGGCGACGCUGCUACUAAGGGUCCUGUUGACCCGAAAUACGGUCUUCAAGUUCUGUGUCAGGCAGUGGAGUCUAUGCAGGAUGCUGUGGCUGGUCCUUCAGCUGUGGAGUUCAAGGUAUUGGUGGAUCUACUUCUGAAUUCUGAGUUUAGUUUGGACCGUGCUGUGAACGCCUUCCUGAAUGAGGAUCGCAUUGUGAGUGACUUCCGUGGAAUCAUUGGCUGGGAUUGGGACCCGGAACAGCCCAGUUCUACGGUAAUGGACGCCAACAAGCCCUACGCUGCGUCCAUUCCUGCUGGACCACUAGGUCUUACGGUCGAAAACAUCUUAGAGCGAACGAUUGUUGUGGAUAUCAAAUCUGGAGGUGCUGCUGAGCGCGCUAAUGUAAAGCGGUCGAGCUGGCUCGUUGGUCUGAAUGGCCAGCGAGUGACGCACCUGACGCAUAAGGAAACCCUGCGGUUAAUUGAGACCGCUACGCGACCGCUGCAGCUACAGCUUGUUAUUGUUCCACCUAAUGACUACAAGGCACUCCGCAGACAGUUGUCCAUGAACAUUCGUCAACCGAAAACGGAGCGUCCAAUCCCUGAGCAGGAUCGAAUGUCCUUCCGUGUCUUCCAGAUGAAAAUUCACCAGGGUGUAUUGGCCUUCCCGAAGAUUGUAACCAAGGCUCUUUUCCAGUACCUCAGUACAGAGGAGUAUCACCCGCCAACGAUGGAUUCGCAAUACCCAAACCCAUUGGACAGAUUACUUCCGGAGAAUGAGGCGUGGGACGCUGCUUUACUGCAAGAUAUUGAGACUAUGGAAGAGGAGCGUGUCGGAGAAAUGUGCGCUGAACGUCGAUUCUUGCUGAACCUGUUUGCUUCCAUUCAUGACUAUGAUGAUAAGGGUGAAAGUACUGUUAUCAGGACGAUUCAAUUUCUUGGAUGGCUCUCGGUGCGCACGGCAAAGAUGCAGAAGUUUGUGGAUACUAAGGAAUCUGAAUCUACUGAUGGUGAUCGUGUCAGCAAACGCCAUCGUUAUGAACUGUUGCUCGCGGUAGUGCUCCACGUCCUCGAGAGCUUAUCGAUUAUCGAAAAUCAUGCUACAUGGGACGUCAUGGUGAAUGCUCUUAAGAUGCUGAUCUUAUCGUUGUCGGAUGUCGACGUGAACAAGCUGUUCGUGCCGAUGUUUGCACGGCUUAGCAUUAGUUCGAGUCCCACGGCAAGAAUUGUACCUGUGGCACUUCUUUCUAUGGUUUAUCCACAUGUUGGUGGCGAUGUACGCGUUCAGCUCCGUGGUAUGCUUGACCGUAUGUGCAACGAUGACAACCCCCUGGUGCGUCGCGCUGUGACUUCGGUUAUUGGUGAUUUGGCAUCAGCGGGUGGUUCUCCUGUGGCUUCAUGGACAGUUCAGCUGCUAGAGAAGUCGACGGCCGAUAGUCACGACAUUGUUCGUAUUUUCGCAGUGAAAGGCUGCAUCACAUUAGCCACCACCUUGCGUCGUCUACUUCUCGAAGAUCAGAACAAGUCAAAGGAGGAGGAUGAGCAGACUUUACGUCUGCUUUACUGUCAGAUGGUGCCUAUGGUGAACACAUACACAUCAGACUCUUCGUGGCAAGUGCGACUGGAGACCGCGCGGACCUUACCUGCGUUCUGCCGAGCAUUUGGUGCCGAGUACACUGACGUUUUUGUCGAUCAUUUCGUGUCGAUGGUUGGUGAUCCGACUGUAGAAGUCCGUCGUGCUUGUGCUGAGGGAGCUUUUCUGCUUGGCGAGGCGCUUCGAGACAUUGCUAUACAGCAAACGGCUACACCCAAAUCGGACGACUCAGCUACACAAGAAGUUAAUAAGUCGAAUGGCGAGAGCUCCGAGUUUGUGGUUGCUGCCCAAGUCAAAUUUGUACGCAGCGUAUUGCCCGCAACAUACACGCUUUCUACCGACGUGUCCGUGGCUGUAAGAUUGUCUCUGGCUCAAUCGGUUGGUCGCUCACUGCAGUUCAUCGGUAGCAACUACUACGACGAACUGGUCCCGAUUUUCACGCAAUUCUUGGAUGAAAGUCAAGAUGCAACUGUGCGAGCGUCGCUUUUGGAAGAGAUGGCACGCUAUUGUGACAGCUCAUCGGAUACUGUGACGGCCAUGAUUUUCCCUGCUAUCCAGGCACUGCGUACCUCAGUUCAAUGGCGAGUGCGUGUAAAAUUUGUUCAUUGCGUGGCUGCCUGGGCUGAACGUGAUGACGGUGCUGCACUGCCUGCCGACUUUGCGGAUGCGUGCUUGGAACUCUUGGGCGAUGCAGUAAACGAAGUUCGUGCUGUGGUGUGCGAAAAGCUUCCCUCGCUGGGGAAGUCGUUAGGUAGUGAGUGGGUGGCUGAGAAGUGCGUUCCUCGGGUGUCAGUGUGCCUUCAGUCCACAUUCCAUGGGCGACUUACGGGCUUGUUGGCAGUGGAGCUCCUCGCUCCAGAGCUGCAGAAGAUGGAUAAAUUAAGGGACGUCAUCGAGAUGGUGCUGGAACAGUGUACGUCCAAGACAGCGAACCUCCGCUUCCGCGCGCUGCGUACCCUCGGACUAAUCGUACCGAGACUCAACGACCCUACAACCACUGAAAGCACUCUAGAGAUUGUCCGACCUCUAGCUGUUGUGGAAACGGAAGCCGACCCGGAUGUACGUGAAGCUGCUGAGGCUACACAGACGCUGCUUGAGGCCGUGCUGAACUAGUGAAUUGAGUCGCCGUAAAGCUCAAAUUAACCCUCCUAUGAGAUCCUGUCUUGAAGUGCAGAUACUGAACGCUUACACCUUUUUUUUAGGUACUUGCCAGAGAUGCUCCCUUGAGUUCGGUUUUCCAUCGUUCCAUUCUACCCAGGCAGCUAUGAGUCGAGAGCCCGGAGUUCGUCCGCUCCCCUUCAGCACGGGAGGCUGGCGAAGACGUUCGCACUCCGAGAAGAAAGUUCCUGUCGAACUUGAUUGCUCGAAGAACUCGCUUCAAGAUUGUACUGCAAGUGUGCAGAGUGUGCAGCCGAUUGCGCUGAAGCAUGUAGUUGUUGUGUGGCUAUCGAAGAACUGCAUCGUGCUGAUCUACUUUUCAGUUUCGUUGGCGCUGCUGGUUCUUCUGGUCUACUUGAGUUUCUUUGCUGCAUCCAUGGACGACGGAAGCCAACCCGAUUUUCUUAGCUGUCGAUCCUGGGGGUUUGGAACAUCAUGUGGUUUGUGGGGAGUGGACUGCCGCCCCUUUGAAUCCGAGUGGAUAGCAUUCCGAUGCCCCACACGUUGCACUCUAGGCAAGUCAAUUCCUCAUAAUAGCUAAGACGAAACGCUUUAAUUGAUUCACUUGUGAUGAUUUAUUGCAGAUCAAUCAUCGUCAAUGGCAGUGUUUGGAUCAAGUCCGUACAGAGCCGAUUCGAGAAUCUGUCGAGCUGCUGCCCACGCUGGCGUUGUUGGCCCCAAUGGUGGAUGCGCUUUUUAUCGUUUUGCCGGUAGGUAACAUCAGUCUGACUGCGUCGUUUAGCUGUUCCUUGAUCCUUGACGUGCCCAUUGCAGGUGCUGCUGAUGCAUACUACCCAUCCACAGCAAAUAUGGUGACCACGAAAAAAUUUCUAUCGUGGUUUCCCAAAACGAUCGAAUUCAAAGAAGCAUCCAGCACCUACUGCAGUGAUCUGUCAUGGUGGAUUCUCAGUGUGGGCUUUAUUACCACGGCAGGUUUUGGUUUGCUACCCCGCGCGAGACUUGACGUUAUGUUUUACUUGUUAGUCGCUUGGGGAUUCUUCUACACAAGACUAGUUGGUCAGCCUUCAAGCCAGGAUUACGCUGGUAUCUCUAUAAACUCUUUCGGCGAGGUGAUGUUUUUACUUGCUGCAAGCAGUUUGGCAUAUCGAUUAGCAGUAUCAGACACGUUCUGCAGGUGGAAAUCGCUGACCCUGAAGCGGCGAUUUAUAAUGUGGACGCUCUGUUACGUGGUUCCGUAUCAUGUGAUGAUCAACAUGAACCUCAUUGGAUACAUUCCUUGGCUUAAUGUCGAUCUCGGAGGCUACGAAGAAUUACACGCCAACGCUGGAACGUACGUUGUUUUCACUCUGGUGGGAAUAGGAG